AUGUAUAAAAGAUAUAGUCAAUUGAAGAAAUUAAACUCAGACUUUCUCAUACUUGGAGCAGGAAUCAUAGGGCUUAAUGUAGCAAAAGCUAUCUAUAGAACAUAUCCAAAAGCAAUAGUCCGCAUCAUUGAAAAAGAACAUAGUCCUGGUCUUCAUGCUUCAGGAAGAAAUUCAGGAGUCAUACAUGCUGGAAUUUACUAUUCAACAGACUCUAUGAAAGCUAAGUUCUGAAGAGAAGGAAAUAGAGCAAUGACUCAGUAUUGAAAAGAUAACCAUCUUGACUUCAAUAAUUGUGGAAAAUUCAUUGUUGCAUCUAAUGAAAGAGAGUACCAAGAACUCUAUAGUAUCUAUAAACAAGGAAUUGAGAAUGGAAUUGAUAUACAACUCAUGAGUAGAACAGAAGCAAUGAAAAGAGAACCCCUUCUCAGAGGGUAUGGAGAGGAAGUUAUUUGGUCUCCCUCAACUUCAGUUGCCAAUCCAAGACAGGUUAUCAAAUGCCUCAGUAAUGAGAUUAGAGAAAAAUACGGAAAAUAUUGAAGCCAAUUCUAUAAUACAGAAAUCUUAAAAUUAGAGAAAUCAAAUCAAAAAGAUUGAAUUGAAGUAGCUUCAAAAGAUUUCUUGUUUGAAUCUAAAUACCUUAUUAAUUGUACAGGACAACAAGCAUUAGGAAUAUCCAAAUAAAUUCUUGUUUUCCAAUUUUUACAACAUGCUUCCAGUAAAAGGGAAUUAUCUCAUAAGUGAUAUGAAUUGAAGCGAUUAUGUUAAAACUUUAGUGUAUCCAGUUCCGAUGAAAGAUGCACAUUUCCUUGGAGUUCAUUCUACAAUUACUCCAACAGGCCAUAUUAAAGUUGGUCCCAGUGCAACACCUGCUUUUGGUAUUGAAAAUUACAAUAAACUAGAGAAAGUUAAGCCUAAUGAUCUAUUCGGAACAAUUGGAAAGUAUGCAAGUCUGCUUUUCUCCUCUCAAGCUGGAAUGGUAACCUCUCUUGCUUUUCAAGAGCUUCCUAAACUUUCAAAAAAUAAGAUGCUUGAAAGUGUAAGAAAGAUACAUGAUGUUCCUCCUUGCAAUUACUCAUGGUAUCCUCCAGGAAUCAGGUCUCAGCUGUAUGAUGUGAGAACCAAGAAAUUCCUUUCUGAUUUCAGGCUUGAAUAUGAUGGGUUUUCUAUGCAUGUUUUGAAUACAGUAUCUCCAGGUUGGACUUGCUCUUCACCAUUCGCAGAUCACAUAGUGUCAAAAAUAUCCAAGGUUUUCAGGCUCGAUAACUAA